AUGUAUGGUUUUGAUGAUGACUUUGAUGCAGAAAUGCUCAAGGCAUUGGGCGAUGCUGAAGAGAGUUUACCACCAUUUACUCAGAUACAUGAAAACAGUCAACUAAAACUUGCUAAUCAACAGCAACAUAAUCAUCAUACUUUAAUGAGAUCCAACACUACUGUUUCAACUCCUUUAAUAUCAGCAGAUCUUUCAUCUGUGCCAACACUUGUAGAAAUGAGCAACUCGUUUGUACACGAGCAAUCUUGUACUUUGCUUAAUCAAACACAGAUAUCUCAUAGCGUGGAAAAAUUGUCCAAUCCUAUCAUCAGUGAUAUUUCAACAUCGCUUGUUCCACAAACUCCUACUCCAAAACCAACUAGCGGACAUAUUCUUGGAUCAGUCACGCCCAUUUCAGCAAUUGAUCAAACGCCUGUUAAAAGAUCAAUGCAUUUCACCACACAUACUCCCAAUAUACCAGUAUCAACUGGUAGUAUGAUUGAAAAAAAAAGUAUACCAUCUGUUUUGACUCAGUUGCCGCAUCAGCCAAAAUCACUGCCUGCAUCAACAGAACCAUCACAAUUGUUUCCAUCAACUGGGUCAUUUGCAUUCAACAGGAAAAAAUCUCCAUUUGCACAUACUCCAUUAAAAGCAAAUCAAGUUUGUGAGGUCGAUAAGUCUGCUUCAGUGUCUAGUCCGUCGCCAGUAGCUUUUUUGAGAGAAGCAAACACUGCUCAUAGAGUAACAUCUGGCUAUAAUUCUAUUCGAUCGAGUCCUCUUAUAAAUUCUCGAAGCGUAAAGCGGAAAUCUACAAUUCCAGGUCCUGCAGGUGCAUUGAUGGAUAUGUUGGAGCAACAGCAUGUGCCUGAAAAUAGUCAAAGUACACCAUCGCAACGUCAAGAAAAGCGGGCACGGACGCGGGCAGAAUGCAGUGCUCAUGAUCAAGAUUUUAUAUCCACAGCAUGGAUGAACAUGCGACAAGUGUUUCCUGAAUACGAUUCCAAACUUCAUGGUAUUGCAGCUGCAUUGUCGGGAAAACAUGCAAGCGAAGAUAGUAAAAUCAAUCAACUUGUUGUUUUGAUUCGAGAAGUAGACAAAAGUGAUUUAGAUGCAGGUGCACUGUUUAAAGAUCCAUCCGGUGAGAUUAGGGGAACAAUCCACAGAGAUGUAUUUGAAACAUUUCCUGACGCUUUGGUCCCAGGAGCAGUAUUAGAAUUAAAUUCGGUAUCGAUAUUUAAGCCUACACGUAGAUCCAGGUACCUCAAUGUCACAAUAGCGAAUAUUGGCAGUGUGUUUACAUUAAUGGGAGAUCCUCCACGGCUAUGGAAAGACUCACUGCCUGCUUCAUCUGUGCAUAUCAGUACCAUAUCCAACUCGCAUACUACAUCAUCGCUUCAGAGAUAA